CCGCUUCCUCCUGACCUUUUACCAGCACAAAGAAUGUGUUUUACUAAAGACGUUACAAUGUUAGUUUGCGCUACAAACCAGCACUCAAUACAGAUUUUGGACCUCAAUGAUGAAAUCACUCUAAACACGACUCUACAUUUGCCAGGAAACGAAAAAGAUCUUCCUGCAAUGCGACUGCUGGCAGUCUCUGAUGAUGGCAAAUGGACAGCCUGUGUUGAUAGUAAAAACGCCGUCAAUGUCUUCAACAUAAAAAGUGCCAAGCACCACUCCACACUUCCUACCUUCGAUAGCCAUGUCACAGCUAUGGCAUUUCAGCCUGGAACACAGUUCUUGGCUAUUGUAUGCGCUGAUAAACAGGUAUACAUUUAUAAUACUAGUGAAAGCAAGCUCACAGACUGGUCAAAGCAAKCGUCAAACAAUGGUUUACCCAAAGAUUGGACUCGAAGAUAUAGUAAGAUUGUCAACGUCGCUUUCAGUCCCUUAGAUGCAGACUUGAUGCUUCUACAGGACCACGAAAUGUUCACUGUGAUAAACCUGAAAAAGCCAUUACCAGAUCCAGAUAUUGUUUUAUUCAAGAAAUCUCAACAAGAUGCCAAUCGCAAAAGGACAGCAAGUUCUUCACUGGACGAGAAGGCAAAGGGAGCAAAAGAGGACGGAAAAGGCAAACAAAMAAAUAAGAAAAAGAAAGGCGGAAAGAAAAAAGAGCAGGAAGAAGAAGAAUGCAAAGAUUCAAGCGAGGAUUCUUUUAAAAUUUGUCAGAAAUACGAGUCGUUGUUGUAUACUGGUUUUGUCCAAGACGGCUCAUUAGUGGUAGUGGAAAGACCGUGGAUGAAAGUAUUGGAAUCGUUACCUCCGACGCUUUACCGAAAACGAUACGGAAAAUGUUAAUGAUUCUACUAAAACAAUCACAAAGAGCAGUUGGCCCGCAAUAUGAGGAAAAAGUGAUUAUUUUGAAGAAAGUAAUCACAAGAAAGUUUUAACGGUGUGGGUCCUCUCUUUUACAACCAAAUGCCUACGUAAAAGGCCUACGUAUAUGACGGAAUGUGCCCAAAAUUCUAUGAUUAUGAAGCCACGACUGUAAAACGAGAUUCGAACAUCCAACUUGUGAAUUUUACAAACAAUCCGAUGUCUACGAUGUCUACAUGACAAACAAAAUUGAAAUUAAGCAGUUUUAAUGAUGUUUAGGUACAGUGUUAUGUUUCUUUGACUGGACUGGGCUCCUGCAGUGACKCAUGCGCAUCUGACCWUAGUCAACAACCAGUAUCAAACAAGUAUUUUAAUAUGUAUUUCAUCAAAAUAAAUAAAUAUUACAUAAAUAA